AUGGCAGGGCAGGUCAGCCGCUCACCGCUCCUCAAGCCCUUCUUCCUGAGGACGCCUGUGAGAGGGGUCAGCCCUCUGCAACAAAGACGCCACACGCUUCCCGCCAGCGAGUUCAGGAACCUCACGCCAGAGGACGCCAUCAGCGUGUUUGAGAUCGAGAGAGAAGCAUUCGUCUCUGUGUCUGGAGAGUGUCCCGUCACCCUGGACGAGGUGCUGAAUUUCCUGAGUCAGUGCCCUGAGCUCUCACUGGGCUGGUUUGAGGAGGGACAACUGGUGGCUUUCAUCAUUGGCUCCGGCUGGGACAAGGAGAGGCUUUCCCAAGAGGCCAUGACUCAGCACGUCCCUGACAGCCCCGCUGUGCACCUCCAUGUGCUGUCGGUGCACCGCCACUGCCGCCAGCAAGGCAAGGGCUCCAUCCUCCUGUGGCGCUAUUUGCAGUACCUGCGCUGCGUACCGGGCCUCCGGCGAGCUCUGCUGAUUUGCGAGGACUUCCUGGUGCCUUUCUACGUCAAGGCCGGCUUCAAAGAGAAGGGCCCGUCAGCCAUCUCUGUGUCCAACAUGCAAUUCCAUGAGAUGGAGUACACGGUCGGCGGGCAGGCGUACGCCAGGAGGAACAGUGGCUGCUAGUCUCUCGAUCCCAAAGCCCACCCUCCAACUUCGACCUUAUAGGACUUAGGGCAGAAGAGAUUAAGAAAACCCAGCUGACAGAGGGACAGAUAGAAGCUCAGGGCCAGUAACACCAGUGGACUGGGUUCAGCAUCCUCAUGUCAGCAGCUCAAAGCUUGCUUUGACACACUGAGCGAGGAGUGACGACUGUUAUGCCAGAAGGGAUCGAAAACAGUGGCUUUGCAGAUGAUAAUUGGGCUUUUCAGACAUUCAAUUAUUUCCCCUUUGUUAACAGUAGAAUAUUCUAAGCUCUAAACCGUUUUACCAUCUAAUCCUUCAUAUUUCAUGGUUUGUAAUUCAAUCAAGGUACCUAUUAGGGGAAAAAAGCUAAUAAAUUAAAUCAAAUCUUGAGUUGUGGCAUGAAUACUGUUUUUAUUUUUGUAAACCAUUCAGUGUGAUUACAGUAAUAAAGAGUAAUUUGAAGAUCUAUAUAUUGAUCAUGUAGCCUCUAAUAAUGCUCCGAUAGUUUUAUUUCUGUUUUAUUUCUAUGUGGCUUUAUGUGAAUAAACUCUUCUAACCGUCAAAAGUCCUUUUCAGGUGAUUGAGAGAAAG